AUGUCGGACCCUGGGCCAAUGCCCACAUUCCUUGGGACUGCGGAUCCUGGUGGCCACCACUCUCGUGGUCCUAGGUGUAUAUCAACUCAUCGGAACGGCCCUCUCCUCCAGCAACUGCAAACUGCGGAGGUGAAUAGUCCUCAUCCCGCGAGGCAGAGGCGCUCCGGGUUCGAUGUUAGAGAAGAACCCAUCUCCGAUUUCAUCAGCAAGGGUCUCAUGACAAUUGACCAGGCCAUGUCAUGCUUUACAACGUUCUUCCAAGGUUGUGUACGUACCCUUAGCUUCUACCCUCCAUUAACCUAG